AUGGGAACUCCAGUAAACAUCAUAGUUGGAUCGCAUGUUUGGAUAGAGGAUCCUGAGGAAGCAUGGAUGGAUGGGGAAGUUACAGAAAUUAAGGGCAGAGAUGCCACCAUAGUUACCACAAAUGGAAAAACUAUAGUUGCAGAUAUUUCAAGUAUAUAUCCAAGAGACACGGAGGCUCCACCAGCUGGAGUCGAUGACAUGACCAAAUUAGCAUACCUCCAUGAGCCAGGAGUCUUGCAUAACCUUGCUUGCCGGUUUGCACUCAAUGAGAUAUAUACUUACACUGGGAACAUUCUAAUAGCGGUGAAUCCUUUCCGAAGGCUACCACAUUUGUAUGACAUCCACAUGAUGGAGCAGUACAAAGGAGCUGCUUUUGGAGAGCUAAGUCCACACCUUUUUGCUGUGGCAGACACUUGUUACAGAGCAAUGAUAAACGAACAGGGAAGCCAGUCCAUUUUAGUAAGCGGAGAGAGUGGAGCUGGUAAAACAGAGACGACAAAAAUGCUCAUGAGAUAUCUUGCCUUCAUGGGGGGACGAUCAGCAGGCAGUGAAGGAAGAACAGUAGAACAACAAGUUUUGGAGUCCAAUCCAGUACUGGAAGCAUUUGGGAACGCAAAAACUGUCAAAAACAACAAUUCGAGUCGAUUUGGCAAGUUUGUUGAGAUACAAUUUGACAAGCAUGGGAAGAUAUCUGGAGCUGCAGUUCGUACUUACCUUCUUGAAAGAUCACGGGUUUGCCAAGUCUCUGAUCCGGAGAGAAACUACCAUUGUUUUUACAUGCUCUGUGCAGCACCACCAGAGGUGAUUUCCUGA